AUGGCGGGCAUAGACGAGCAUCAAAUUCGCCAGUCGGCGCUCUGGGGUCACAUGACUCAGGUGCUCGCGCAGGUGAUCCGUGAGAGGCCCGCCAACGCGAUGGACGCUCUCGGCGCGGCUUCCAACCAGCUCCUGUCCGGCAGCGCUGUGCCCCCCAUGAAAGGCAAUACGUACGCCGAUCCACGGCCCACCGCUCGCGCUGCGGCCCCUGUUGACUCCUUCACGAACACGCGCUGGGCUGCCAACACGAACACCGCCUUGGCACCACCACGGCCGCCACGCCGCCCACGCCACGCCGACGCCGAAGACGAACAAGAAGAGGAGGAAGCAACCGCCGACGCCGGGGUGGAUGGCCAGCCGCAAGUCGACCUUGCGGAUCACCCCGGCGCCCUUAGCGAUGUCGUGACGGAGCAGCAGUACUUCAACAUGGUCGGGCUUGGUUUGCCGCAUGUAGACGCGUAUCGCCUGCUCAUUGGCCUGCGCCAGCUGAUUCGGUCUGAGCCGCUGUCCACCGUGCGCUUCUGGGGUGUGGUCACGGGAAGCUCGUACGACUACUACGUUGCGGAAUGCCAGGUGGAUGAGGAUCGUAUGCAGGAGAACGCUGACAUAACCGGCGAAGGCGAUGGGGAGGACGACAUGGAAGAGGAAGAGGAGCACGCUCCCGUUUCGCAGAUCGCUGACGUGCUCUGUUCCGUGGCAGGGGGUCGUCUUGCCCGCCGCUGGCCACGUCCGUCGGCGCCGGCGGAAGAAGCCGGCACGGGCCUCAACACCAUGUGCUACUAUGCUUCGACUAGCGCGGACCCCACGACUUGGACACGGCUCCCGGACGUCAGCCCGCACCACAUUACAGUCGCCCGCGCCUUGCGCUGUCGCUUCACUGGUAACCUUGACGCCCCCGUGCACGGGCAUCCGCGCUUCAUGGGGUGCGAGAAGCACUACCUGCGCGCUCAGAUUGCGCGCAUCACGAGCGCGUGCCGCAUCGCACCAGUGCAGACGUUCACCACCGAGGGCGCAGUGCCCGACGUGGAGGAGGAUGAAGAGGAGACCUCAGCUCGACCACCGCCGACGGCGGUGCCGGCCUACGCUGUGUUGCCGCCGCUGCUGCCGCAAGAAGCGCCGGACGAGGAGGAUGCGGAGGCCAUCGCAGCUGUGCAGGCGUGGUACAAGGGAUACACCAAGGGGGAGCUGAUGCAGGCGAAGGGGUGGUCGCACAUUGCCCCGUCGGUGCUGGACUGCGGCCGCGUCACGACGGUGCCGGUAGAGGAGGAGGAAGAGCCGGCUGAUGGUGAAGACAACGGGCAGGAGAACGGCGCGAACGCUUCUGAGCCGUCACCGCCGCCGGCGCCCGAAAUGAUCGCGCCUUUCCUGUCUGACAUUAGCCUCGACGCGCCACUCUCCUACCCCGGCCACAGCCGCUCCCACCUCGCUGCCUGGACCUUUCGCAAGGCCUACGAAGGGGAGGGGAGCCUGACAGCUGUGUAUGUGGCAAAGUCCCUCCGCUGGCCCGGCGCGGUCACCUACGCGGUGACGACUGCCGGGCGUCCUGGCGCCUCUUACCAGAUGAUGUACUAUGGCACGGGUCUCAAGGACAUGCAGGGCGCCUACUACGCCCCACCCCUGCCCCCCCCUUGCUUCCACGAGUACGUCGAGGCGCCUGGCGAAUUCGACGGUCAGCGGGACUGCACCAUAGAUGAAGAGCUGCGCUACGCACCGCCUCCCCCGCGCCCGGAAGCCGAGGGGGAGGAUGAGGAGGAGGAUGACGUGUAG